AUAAACUAAUAACUGUUUUUCAGGAAGGUUUAUGUUAGUACACAGUAGUAUCAGAAGAAUGUUUGAUAUAUAUUUGUCUUAGGUUGUGAGUUGAUGGAUCUAUCUCAGAAACUACUACUGGAAUAAGUGAUAAACUGAUGCAGAUUUUCCAUUCUGUUUUAUACUGGAUUUUUAAAAGGAUUUACACUUAUAAAUGCUGCCAGCAUUAAGAAAAAUUCGGAGGAAGGAUCUGAGGAUUAGCACAUUUACAUUGCUAUGGGUCAAACAAGUGUGAAAAUGAAUUUGUGGAUAUUUACAAAUUAUUACAAAAAAUGAUGUAAAGUAUAGCAAAAUUGUAUCACUAAUAGUACAAAAGGCAAAAUGCAUUCACACAAAACUGAACUGUUUUCCAUACCAGUUGAUAUAGCGUAUGGAUCCCUGGCAUUGUUCCAAAAUAUAGUCCACAAUGUGUUCUUGCUCUACCAUGUGGAUAUAUUCGUCUCUGUGUACAAGAUUGACAAAACCUCAUUCUGGAUUGGAGAAAUGAUAUUCCUUGUCUGGAACUCAUUGAACGAUCCUGUUUUCGGCUGGAUAAGUGAUAAACGAUAUCUGUCAGCAGGAAAAGGGAAAAGCUUCUCUGCUUCAAGUAUAGUUUUACAAAGAUUAGAGGCUUUGUUAUGGACUGGUCCACUUUUCGCUGUGUCUUUCAUGGGAUUCUGGGUGCAAUGGGCUUACCCUGGUCUACAGUUUGUGAUUUGUUUGUGCCUUUACGAUGGAUUUCUUACAAUGAUAGAUCUGCACCACGCAGCUUUACUCGCAGAUCUGGCCAUUUCAGCUGAAACAAGAACUAGACUUAAUUCACGGGCAUCCAUGUUUAGUAUUCUGGGAUCAGCUUCAGUGUUCCUGUCAUACGCAGUGUGGAACAAGGACAACUUGCGCUCAUUCCGUAUAUUUUGUGCUAUACUUACAUUAGUUUCAUUGCUAGGCUUUCUUGUGAUGACACGGGUGCUAAAACAGGUGUUCCAGAAAAAUAUGGAGAAGAUGGAUGAGGUGAAAAAUUCAUUGUCACUCAGUAACGAAGGUGAGAGUGACAAACACAAGUUGAAGUCUUUUGUCGGAGAGUUGAUGACGCAGACUAACUUUAAAUGGUUUGCAGUUAUGAAUCUUGUACAGGUUUUUCACUGCCAUUUCAAUAGUAAUUUCUUUCCAUUAUUCCUUGAAAAUCUCUUGGGGAAUGCAAUCAGUCCAGGAAUGGGACCAUUUCUUAUUGGAAUAUCAUUUGUGGCACCUCAUUUCAACAAUCUGUAUUUCCUGUCCCUAUGUCGUAAAUACGGCGUGUAUGCUGUGAUACGUAUUUUGUUCUGUGUUAAACUCGCCCUCAGCAUUGUCAUGUUCUUGGCUGGACCAAAUUAUUUGUGGCUUCUUUGUUUUUUUAUAGCAAGUAACCGUGUGUUCACAGAAGGCACGUGCAAGUUGUUGAAUCUAGUCAUCAGUGAUCUUGUGGAUGAAGAUUAUGUCCUUCAUCACCGGAACCAAGCUGUAUCAGCGCUAAUGUUUGGCACAGCUGCACUCCUCUCAAAACCUGGUCAGACCCUGGCUCCACUGAUAGGAACCUGGCUCUUAGCUCAGCAAACUGGCCAUGAUAUAUUUCAAACUGGACAGGAGUUCAGCUCUAUAAAACCUCUCCACAGUUCUGAAGGUUCUGUAGUGUCAGACUAUAGACAAGGAUGUUUCAACCUUCUAGUGUACGUCCCAGUAGUGUGCGCCCUCACCCAGCUGGCAGUAUGGUCACAGUUUAGUCUACAUGGACGACGGUUACAGUGGGUUAAAUCCAUGAGAGAGGGAACUACACAUUAUGUCUGAAAUUGUCAUUAUGUCUGACAUUAUGUCAUUUUGAUAUAGCCAUUCAUUUACAUGUAUUUAUUGAUUAUUAAACUUACACUUUAUAUCACAGAUUGCUGUGUGAAAUUACACACAGCCUGUUUAAAGAUGCAUGCUAACUGAUUUAUGUCAGAUGUUUUGAAAUUUAGAAAAUGUUUUUUUAAGUUUUAGUAAUUGCUAUUGAAAGAAAACAUUAUCAAAAUGAUAAAUUGAACUUUAUAUCUACAAAGUAAAUGUUCUUAGUCAAUAAAAAUGUAUGUAAAAAUUCACAAAACCAUUAGUCCUGCUGUUGAAAUUUGAUAUGAAAUAGAAGGACUUGCAUUAUUCACAAUAAAAUAUCUAUUUAAACAAAAUUUAAUAUCGUUUUCGUUAGUAUAUUGUUUAUUUGAAUAUUUCAGAUAUUUGCAUACUAAGUUUAAACACUUAUUGAACCCCCAGUAAUCUCUAAAGCUAUUUGGAAGUGAUUUAUUCUGUUGCAUUGAUAAUCGUGUUAUUGAUGGAGUAAGUACAUCAGUAAGAUUUUUCUGAAAGCUGAUAGAAUUCUUUCUUCAUUAGUGAAACAGCGGUUUACUUUUCUACCAGGAACACUUCGUUUAUUAUGCUAUAGAUAUUUGAAAAACAGCAUAGACGAAAUCAAUCUUUCUGAAAACAUCCCAUAAAUGUAUAUGAAUUGAUUAUAUUUUUUCCAUGUUGUGUAUAAACUUACAUUUACUUUCAGGUAUAUUUUUUAUGCAUAUCUAGAAUGUUUGGUGUCGAAUUUUUCUGCAGCAUCUUUGUAUUAAAGUCUCCAGAUAUACAGAGGAUACUAGUAUUUGUUUGUUUCAGUGUAAGGUUGAAAUAUUUUUCAACAAGUGAACACCAGAUGUAAUAUUUUUAUUAGUGGCCCAGCCUUGAGUUCAUGAGUGAAAGAUAUCUUGGUCUUACAUGUGAAACAAACAAAUUAUCUUUUUAUUACAUGUCUUUUUAAUGGUUCUUACAAAAAUGUUCCAGUUUUAUCCAUGCAAUAUCAUGCAUAUUGGGCAAUGUCACAUGCAAAAUCAUGCGGUAACAAUAUUAAUAUUUCUAAAAGUUAGAAUUGAGAUUUUUAGAUACCAUUUACGUUUCGAUACAGUGGAGUGCAUAUGUUCAUGUUAUUGUAGGUAUUCUAUUCAAUUUGUAUUUUUGAAAGAUUUUUUUCUUAUUUAUAAUUUGUGUUCUUUCGUGUUCAUGUGUGAACGAUGAAAAUCAUCGAAUGCAAAACCACCUGUUUGAAAUAGUGAAAUUUUCAAAUAUAAUCCACCAUUAUUUUUAAAAAAUCACUGAAAAAAACACGAAAUAAACUUAUUUUACGAUGCUCAAAUAAUCAACCAUGUGAUGUUUUAUAGACGUAAUGUUUAUGGAGGUGAUGUUAUAUGUACUAAACAUUAAAAUGUAGAAGUUGGUGCAAUAUGUAAAUCAAAAGUAGAUAUUAGUUAUAGAAUAUUUAUUUACAACAAUUUUGUGUUUUACACCAAAACAGCUAAAGUACGUCACUGACCUAAGCUUGACAUUUAGAUGAGUUUAUUUUGAACUGAUGGUCAGGUAUUUGCACUGAUUUUGUCAUAUUAAUCCCCCGCCGUGGCGGAGGGAUUAUAGGAAUGGUCUUGCGUCCGUCCGUCCUUCCAUCUGUAACAAAAUCGUGUCCGGUCCAUAUCUCCUAAACCCCUUGAAGGAUUUUCAUGAAACUUGGGUCAAAUGAUCACCUCAUCAAGACAAUGUGCAGAACCCAUGAGUCAGCCUUGUCGGUUCAAGGUCAAGGUCACAACUCAAGGUGAAAGGUUUGAGCCUGCAAUUUUGUGUCCGCUCUAUAUCUCAUAAACCCCUUGAAGGAAUUUUAUAAAACUUGGGUCAAUUUGAUCACCUCAUCAAGAUGAUAUGCAGAACCCAUGAGUCAGCCAUGCCGGCUCAAGGUCAAGGUCACAACUUAGGGUCAAAGGUUUUGAGCCUUCCAUUUUGUGUCCACUCUAUAUCUUCUAAACUCCUUGAAGGAUUUUCAUGAAACUUGGGUCAAAUGGUCACCUCAUGAAGACGAUGUGCAGAACUUAUGAUUCAGCCUUGUCGGCUCAAGGUCAAGGUCACAACUCAAGGUCAAAGGUUUGAGCCUUCCAUUUUGUGUCUGUUCUAUAUCUCCUAAACCCCUUGAAGGAAUUUUAUCAAACUUGGGUCAAAUGAUCGCCUCAUCAAGACGAUGUGCAGAACCCAUGAGUCAGUCAUGCCGGCUCAAGGUCAAGGUCACAACUUAGGGUCAAAGGUUUGAGCCUUCCAUUUUGUGUCCGCUCAAUAUCUCCUAAACUCCUUGAAGGAUUUUCAUCAAACUCGGGUCAAAUGAUCACCUCAUCAAGAACUCAUGAGUCAGCCAUGUCAACUCAAGUACAAGGUCACAACUGAAGGUCAAAGGUUUCAGCUCUGUAUCUCCUAAACCCCUUGAAGGAUUUUCAUGAAACUUGGGUCAAAUGAUCACCUCAUCAAGACGUUGUGCAGAGUUCACGAGUUAGCCAUGUCAGUUCAAAGUCAAGGCCACAGCUAAAAUCAAAGGUUUAUCCUUUCACUAUCCAUAGCAGUGGCGGGGGAUUUAGCUGUCUUUCAGACUGCCUUGUUUUAUAUGCAAAAGACAGUAAAAACUGAAUAAGCUGUCAGUAUUUAAGAAAUGACUGGAUAGUGCAGAGGAUAAAGCAAGAAAGUUUUGGAUCAGAUUGGUACAAAUCCCAGCCUUAAGAAUGUAAUGUAACAUUUUUCUUUUCUUUAGUAAUUUCAAUUUAUAUAGAUCUAGUAAUAAUAUUUGUUUUCAAGUUAUUAAAAUUUAUAAGGUUUUACAGUUUCAUUUUUUAUUUUUUCAUUAAAUACAUUGUAUGUAUUCACAGGAUUUCAGUUUCAUUUAUUAUCGAUAAUUUGUUGUGAUUUCUAAGUUAAACUUACAGGUUGCUUGCACAUCCUUGAGUGAUAUAUACAUUAAAAUACACACUCUCAGAGGAGCAGUUUUAAGUAUCAUUAUACUUUAAUGUGUUAAUGUCAAGGGAAGCAACAAAUUGACAUUUUUUCUACUAGUACUGUUAGAUAGAAUAAUUCCAUAUUCAUACUUGUUUUUAAGUAAUACAGGCAAGUCCACUUAAUACGAACUCGCUUGAUAUGAAUUUUCGACUAUAAUGAACAAAAUCCGGAUUCCCCGGCUGAGUCCUUCUAUUUCUUUGUAAACUUAUUUCGGUAAUAGCGAACUCGCUUCAUACGAAUUUUCGGGAGAUACAAACACAUUUUGGAAGUCCCAAUGAGCUAAAAUGUUAUGAGUUUCCAUUUUUUUAUACGAACUAAUUUUAGAAGUCGGCGGCCAGUUUUUGCUACGCUUGAUUUUUUAACAGUUUGAAUCUGUACAGUGCUGAUAUUGAAUCGAAGUAAUUAUCACCUGUAAUCGAUAAAUACAUAAUAAAGAGAUUAACACUAUGUAUGCAGUUAUUUUAUUCUUUACAAUCAAGUCAAAGUAAUAAUGUCUUCAGCAAUUGAGCAAUAAUCACUUUCAUUUAUACACCUGUCCAUAAAAAUAUAAUUUCAUUGUAUGUUUUAUGGCCAUGUUGUGUAGUUUUAGUAUCAAAAAUGGCUUUGCCUAAGUCUGGCAUAAAAAGAAAGUUACUGUAUUCCUAUGUAUCUAUAUGUGCUAGGUCUAUAUGUGCUAUAAACACUUGAUGAUUCAAUACAUUUGUACAUUAAAUUUUAUUUUCAUACAUUUUUACGUGUUCAGGUAUGAAUUUUGUUGAGUUAUUUUAUUGUAACCUGAAUACAUUCACUUAAUCAGUUUAAAACUCCCAGUGAUCAUCUAUUCACUAAUGUUUUUUAAUUCAUCGGAAGCCAUUCACAGGCAAUACCGGUGAUACUGCCCAACUUGCUCGGGCAAAUUAUCCGGGUGUCAUACAUUCGUUAAUACGAAUUUCGUUUGAAACGAACACAUUUCCCAGGUCCUGAAGAGUUCGUAUAAAGCGAGUUUGACUGUAUUUAUGAUAAUUAUUUAUUAUUUAUGAAAGUAUGUAAAAUGAGGAUUGUCUUUGCUUGCAUUUUCAUGGGUACGGUGGCUUUAAAAUAUAUAUUUGAAGUGAAGUUAUCUUUUUAAUUUAUUCAAGUGCAGCCUUUUUUUAUAAACCAAAAUGAUCUUUUUUGAGUGAGAUUUAGAUUUAGGCUUUAAGAUGCUUUAUUUUCUUUGUGCUCUGUCAUUGGUUACACUAGGCUAAGCAUGGAUUACUGCUUUUAUUGUUAGGUUGAUAAAUAGACUUGUUAGGAAAAUAUUUCCUGAGAUAUAUGAGCCGUGCCAUGAGAAAACCAACAUAGUGGGUUUGCGACCAGCAUGGAUCCAGACCAGCCUGUGCAUCCGCGCAGUCUGGUCAGGAUCCAUGCUGUUCGCUAACGGUUUCCCUAAUUGCUAUAGGCUUUGAAAGCGAACAGCAUGGAUCCUGACCAGACUGCGCGGAUGCGCAGGCUGGUCUGGAUCCAUGCUGGUCGCAAAGCCACUAUGUUGGUUUUCUCAUGGCGGGGCUCAUAUUAUUUCAGUGAUUAAGUUUAGUAUUUUAUAUUUUUGAGUGUAUACAGAGCUAAUAUUUGUUUUAAAAAAUUAACAAAGAAUUUAAGUUUGCUAAGGCCUAAGUCCAAACUCCUUAAUGGUCAUUGGUUCUGAUUUGAUUGAUAUCAUGUGUUAUGUACAAUGGAUUGGUUGGAAAGAUAAAUAAAAUUUGCUUUUUAAGUGCAUAUUGCUAUUUCGUAGAGAUCUCUACAUUUUGUAAGUUUAUUUUGUUUAAGUACAGAGAUGUAUUAUUACCAAAAACAUGAAGUGAUGUCUUCUUUCUUUCCAUUUUAUUAUGUUUUUAGUAAUUCUUUAACAUUAUUUUCAUUGAAGAAUUAUUUUAGACUAUUUGACUUCAAGCUGGUUGUAAGAAUUGAUCGAUAUUGUUAGGUUAUUUAACACUUAACUCUACAAUAUGACAAUAUAUUUUGACAAGUAACCAUACAAAAAAAGAUAUUUGACUUCCAGUAGGCAGAGUCCAGUAUGUAUUUCAGAUGGUUAUGAGUCCUAAUUUAUCCCUCAUUGUACAGAACAGCAUUAAAUAAUUAUUUUAUUCUAUGCUUAUUUUAAGGGACCUCCAUGGCCGAGUGGUCAAGGUCGCUGACUUCAAAUCACUUGCCCCUCACCAAUGUUGGUUCGAGCUUCACUCGGGGCGUUGAAUUCUUCAUGUGAGGAAGCCAUCCAGCUGGCUUACAGAAGGUCGGUGGUUCUACCCUGGUGCCCGCCCGUGAUAUAAUAAUACACGGUGGGGCACCUGGGGUCUUCCUCUACCAUCAAAGCUGGAAAGUCGCCGUAUGACCCAUACUUGUGUUGGUGCAACGUUAAACCCAACAAAAAAAAGUGCUUAUUUUACUUAAUAAAAAGGAAACCAAUACAGAAUGAUGGACAUAAUUUCAUCUGUAAAAUGUUUACAGAAGCAUCACAUUAACCUUUAGCUUUCUGGCAUCAGAUGAUUUUGUCUUUGUGGCCAGUGCAGACCAAGAUCGGAUGUGCAUGCUGAUCUUAGGUCUGCUUUGUUAGUUACUUAGUCAGUCAAUUUUCAGUGAACACCCCUUCGAAUAAUAAAUAGUACUGCCAGAAUUGAAUGAUAGACCAGUCUAUUUUAGAAAAUUAGUAGGGUAAAGGUUAAGCAUUUAUUGAUGCUGGAUUUCAUGUGAAUAUACAACUUUUAUUAUUUAGUCAACUUUGGGAUUCCGACCAAAGUUGUUGCAUCAUCUGAUACAGUUUGUAAAGUGUUAAAUAAGGAAAUAUAUUGGAUUGUUACACAGACAAAAUGCAAAUCCCUGAUUGGAAGGGAAAAACAGGUAUAGGAUGAAUGUACAUACAUUGUGUCCUUGUGAUAGUAAAAAGGCUUUAAUUCUUUUCACGAGAGAUUUUCAAAUCUAAGACCUGAAAAACUAAUGUCCCUUAUAAUAUUUUUUUUCUGAGUUUUUAAUUUUUAUCUUUUAAAAUUGUGUGAAAUUGUUCAAUUUUUAUGGGCAUAAGAGUUUGUGGAUAUAGCCAAAAUGGCUGUCUGUUUGAGGUUAUGACAUUGCGUAUUUGUAUUUUUGGAAAUAACCACAAAGAUCAAUAAAAUUAAAAACCCAACAAGUAAUUAUGAUCUUAAAUUAUUUACCUGCUAUUUAUUAGUGUUCAGGUACCUGACUUUGCUAAACACCUGCAUAUAUUACUGUGCAAGCAGCAUGUUAUAAAAAAAAAAAAAAAGAUAUAAUAUUUUGCUUUAUAGAGACAUAGCGCAUUGUACAACUGAACGGUAUUUAUCUUCCAGCUUAGCUCGGUAAGGAGAGCGCAGAUCUACAGAUCGCGAGGUUGUGAGUUUGAUCCCCAGGUGAGGCGCAUGUUCUCCAUGACAAUUUGAUAAAAGACAUUGUGUCUGAUAUAAUUCAUAUUCACAUCUAAUUCAUAUAAGGAAGUUGAUAGUUACUUUUAGAGAACAGGUUUGUACUGGUACAGAAUCCAGGAACAAUGGUUAGGUGAACUGCUGCCUUUACAUUAUUGAAAUACAGUUGAAAAAAACAGCAUUAAACCCAAAACAAACAAUGUUCCAGUAACAGCAAACAGUUUAAGUUUUAUCAAUGUAAAAAAAAAACAACAACUGCAACAUGACAAUCAUUAUUCUGGUAGGCAGCCAUCUUGCUUCUGUAAUCAAAGUAAUGAGGUUAAUUUAGUUUAGUGUUUACUAAUUUAUUUUAUCACAUUUGUGAUUAAAGCUUGAAACUUA